AAAUUAUGAUGUGCCACCGCUUUGGUCUAGCCAUUUAGGGUUCAUGAAGUUUAGGGGCAAAGAGAGUCGCAACAGGAGCCCUCCUAACCCUAGCACACUAUAAGUUAUUGGGAAUAACAACCCAUUUAAGAAAGCAGGGAUCCUCAUUCAGCAACUCAACUCGCUAGCAAUGGUAAAACACUGAAAUCCAAAAAAGUCUGAAAACCUCAACCCAUCAGACGAGAAGGCAGAGGCAUUUAGCUAUUUUGCCAUUCGACCUCUCUUGGUUUUGUAGGUAUGACAACAUAUCCAGAGCAAGGCAGACUGUCAACAAUGCUUCCGAGCUAUCUAUAUUCUUCUUCUUCAUUUUCAAUGGGUGCUCUGAGGGGAUCUUCCUCAAUUUUAUCUGAUCUUUUGGUGGAGAGAAGUGGUGUGGACGCGACAGAGAAACAGAAGGUCAAUGCUGAUCUUCGCAAGACAUUUGUGGUACCUGCCCCCAGUGAGCCCGGGAAGAUCGCCAUGUAUUCUCCGGCUUUCUAUGCAGCCUGCACCAUGGGAGGCAUCCUCAGUUGUGGUCUCACCCAUACUGGUGUAACUCCUCUUGAUCUUGUCAAAUGCAAUAUGCAGAUUAACCCUGCAAAGUACAAGAGUAUUGCUACCGGCUUUGGUGUCCUCCUUAAAGAAGAAGGAGCAAGGGGUUUGUUCAGGGGGUGGGUACCAACUCUCUUAGGGUACAGUGCUCAAGGUGCCUGCAAAUUUGGAUUUUAUGAGUUCUUCAAGAAGUAUUACUCAGACAUUGCAGGGCCUGAGUAUGCUUCCAAGUACAAGACUUUGAUCUACUUGGCAGGUUCUGCAUCUGCAGAGUUUAUUGCUGAUAUUGCACUUUGUCCUUUUGAGGCUGUAAAAGUGAGAGUACAAACCCAGCCGGGAUUUGCUCGAGGAUUGUCUGAUGGGCUUCCAAAAUUUGUUAGAUCGGAAGGAGUUCUUGGAUUAUACAAGGGUAUUGGUCCACUCUGGGGACGCCAAAUACCAUAUACAAUGAUGAAAUUUGCAUCCUUUGAAACUAUUGUAGAGUUGCUUUACAAGCAUGCAGUUCCCAAACCAAAGGAUCAAUGCAGCAAGCCUUUUCAGUUGGGUAUUAGUUUUGCAGCAGGAUAUAUUGCUGGCGUCUUUUGUGCUAUUGUUUCCCAUCCAGCUGACAAUCUGGUUUCUUUCCUUAACAAUGCUAAGGGUGCUAGUGUGGGCGAGGCUGUGAAGAAGAUGGGUAUGCUUGGUCUCUUUACUCGGGGCUUGCCUUUACGUAUUGUUAUGAUUGGAACACUCACUGGAGCACAAUGGGGUAUCUAUGAUGCUUUCAAGGUGUUCGUUGGCCUGCCAACCACUGGUGGAGCUGUGCCAACACCUGCGACUACAGCACUUGAGGAAUUGAAAAAAGUGAGCUAAUCUGAGAAAGAAUUCUUGAGACGAAGUUUAAACAUAAAAUAACAGGUUCAGGUUUAGUUCCACACAACUAAUCUCUCAUUUUUUGACCAAUUCUGUUAGAAAAUUGGAGCUCUAUAGAAGGUAGCUUCUCCUUGAAGCAGUCCAUCUCUAUAGAUGGCUUUUCCUCUUUAUUCUCAUCCCUGACAUUUGAGAAAUAUAUUUGAAUUCUUUAGAAGGUUCCAUCUUUCUUCUCUACCCCUGUUAACUCGUCCAACAGUUCAUCUACCUAUUCCUGAGUGGAGAAAUCACAGAUGUCUGAAUAAAAACCUUUAUUUGAGGGCCCAUUCUCCAGAUUUUGUUCUUUAGAACUGGUGGUUAAUUCUUUUCCGUUUUUAAAACUUCAAGAAGUCAAUACUUGUGGUUAAAAAUGAUUCUAUAGAUAUAGUUGAAACAUUAGCUGCAAACAGCUUUAGAAGAUAUCUGCAACUAUAUUACUUUUUCAAUAAGUUCUGAAAUAAUGAAACAGGGUUUGUAGGCUGUAAUUGAAGCCAUAGGUUCGUAAUGAGAAUUAUUGAUGAAAAAUGUUUGAUUUCUAUUUA